AUGGCUCCCCUAGGUGGUGGUAAGACGGCAGCUGAGGCGCCGCCGGGGACACGGGUUCGACGUAACGUGGAGAGCUCGCGCGUUGAAAGCUGUGAGGAGAAACGGGAAAUGUGGAGAAACCUUAUCUUCAUGAGAGGAAGUCACGAGAUAAAUGAGUCUUCAGAGAGAGUGAAAAAAAUCGUCGGGAGCCUCAAGUGUGGCGAGGGUGUUUUCGGGUGCAGGUCGCGCGACAUUCCCUUCGAGGAUGUGGCGUUGACGUCGUCCGGUUUCGAGCUUCGGCGCCGCGAGAUGGGACAUUCAUGCCUCUCUUUGUCAGUGAAUGAGGUGCCGUCAGCGAGGCACCCGCGUCCUCCUCGCGCCAGGCUGCCGUCCCGAAGGAUCCCUGAACGAGCGCUGACGACCCUGACGAGGAUGUUGGGGACAAGUGGGAGGAUGGGACUACAAGGAAGCUGCCUUGGCUUCGUGUAUCUCGUCGCUUAUCUCACCCUCGUCCAGACCCAAGCUACGACAGAACCCACCUUGUCAGCCACUUUUCCCACAGACACGACGACCCCAGAAGAAUUCUCGGAGUCGUCAACCACGGAAGAUUUUGCGACGACCACAGACUCAGCUGGAACGACCCCGGCGGACACGACCUUCGAUGACCCAGCCACCACUGCCAACUACAGGUCCCUAAAUACGCGGAGUUUGUCGUUCAAUAUAAAAUUCGAGGAAGAAGACAGGAAUGUGACGGUAUCGUGGACAAAUAUUUCUCCAAAUUCUAGUAAUAGCUACAACGUGACCGUCCAUUGCGCAGAGGAAACGGAAGCGGAGACAGAAUGCGGGUGUGAGAAAUGCGAAGAGAUUCAUGAAACGACAGAAAACACCUUUUUGACCUUUCGAGCGCGACCUGACACGAACUACAGCAUUGAGGUCGUCGAUUUGGACUCGAACUACAGCGAGAGAGUUUUUAAUCGAACGCGUCCCCUAAAAGUGCUUCAGUUACCAUCGGUGAACGCAACAGAGAAUAAGACGAGCGUGGAUCUUCAGUGGGCGAUCGACUGUCCUUACACAGUACCUGGCAAUUAUUCGAUAUUCUUCAACGGGACCACGAUCGAGUAAGCACUAAAACAACUAAGAUAAAAAUGU